AACAGGGAAUAUCCAGCGCGCGCCAAACAAAGCGCACGCACUCAGCACUUCACAGCGACUGACCUUUUACAAUUGGACAACGGGGAAACCUUACCGUUACACAUAGCGACCAUGAGCAUAUCAAAGGGAUCUAAAUUAAAGAAGUUUUUUACCAAGUCCAAGUCUUUCGAAAAGGAAAGCAAGGAUACUGACAGAACUGAUGUGACUUUACCCGUGGAAGAACGCGAGAGAUUCAGAUGCGCGUCCGAUUCCUUGACUUCACCGGGCAGUCCGGAUCUCCGCAGCCCCGGUGAUGGCCCGGUAUACCCGUACUCGCUGCCCACCAGCCCAAAUGAGAUAAAGAAGAAGAAAAAGAGACGCUUCUUGUCCCUCCGAUCCAGAAAGAAAUCAAAGGAUAAAGAGCCCGGAGAAGCAGACUCCGUUUACAGCAUGAGUUUUGAUCAGAUGAGCAUCCAGACGGAGGACGGUUUUAUGACCGAUACCUGCCCCACUCCUGUGCGCUCUCGUAAUAAUUCAAUCAACAGCCUGGACCUCGCUUCACUUCAAGACUCAUCGUUCAUAACCCACAAGCACAGAAAGAGUUCUGAGGAGAAGAUCGGAGUUUUUAACCGUAUCGGAAAUCUCUUUGGAACUUUAUCUCGGAGGAAAAAAAGCAAGUCGACAUCUGAUGACAAGGAUGAAAAUGCGUCAUCACAGGCAAACAGCCCAAUCAAAUCCACAGCAUCAGAGGAACCAAAACAGCCCUCCAGUUUUUUUGUAAACAAAGAGUUUGAGGAUUCAGUAUUUUGGACAGUGAAAAGACGAAGCCCCAGCACGCACAGCGAAGACGCAGACGCAGGAGACUUACCUUUUGCCGACAGCGGCAGUAGCGGACGAGGUAGCGUGAGGGAGGUGGAAGUGGUCAAGGUGAGCAGUGUUGAGGCAUGCAGCGAUGCAAAAACUGAUUAUGUGGUGACAGAGGCGGGCAAGAAGCUCCGGGUGUAUCUGGAGGAGACGAGCCUUGACAUCACAGGUUCAGCUUUGAGUACAGAAACUUCUAUACAAACUUCUGAUUCACCCCAUGUAGUCUCAGGGGGGACAGAGAUUAAAAAGACAGUUUUGAAACCCACCACCCUAGGCAAAGGGAGUUACACGGCGCUGGUCGGGGUAACCCUCGGUUCGCAUUCCAGCCCUUUGUCCUCUGACAGUCAACCUGGAAAAGAAGAAGAGACAGACAUGGGUAAGAAAAACAGGGCCCGACGAAAAUCUCACAAACUGAACAGUAACGACAGCAAUAAUGAGGUCUCCUCAAUAAAAACCACUUCCCCCGAGGCAGAGGAGAAGUCAACGCCUCAUCCUCCGCCCUCACCUGGUCAAGUGCACAUUGCCGUAUGGGCGGAAACUCACCUGACAGAAGAAGAGAGCGAGAGCUCAAUUACUGACUCACCCCUCUCUGUUGAAUUUGUACCGGCAAGCCCAUCUGAGAGUCUUUUAGCCUCUGUUACAGCUGCUAUCGGCACAUCUGGUCUAUUUCGAGCACCAGAGCCUCCGGACACAGAGACCGUACGGACAUUUAAGAAAUCAGACGCACCAGAGUCGGACACACGAGAGAGUCUCGUUGCUAAUGUUCUCAAUGCGGAAAGCUUUGAAGAGAAACACAGGAGCUUGAGAUUGUCAGAAAGUGAGAAAGUAUUUGCUAAAAAAGUAUACGUUAGUUCUCAGUCAAGCUUAGAUGGGGAAGAAGCCGAAAACGAGUCCCAAAGUGAGGCAAACUUGGAUGUUACGCAACCUAUCCAGGUUAAGGUGAAAUUAUUACCAAAUGUUAAGAUUGUAAGUGUCAAUGAAUCAACUGAACAGACACACGGGACAGUGAGAGAGGAAGUUAUUUCUGUGCCUAAAGAACCUCUGGAAAAGGACGUGGAGAGUCCUACUGUCCCUUCAACAGAGAUCACAGAAGACAUCGGGCAGGAAUCAGACUUGGUUGAAAUGUCAAGUCCUAAGGGACCGUUAAUUUCUUUGAGUAGUCAGAACUCAUCCACGCCUUUAAAACGCAUGGACAGAUCAGCCAGUGGACCACAUGGAGAAAAUAAAGCUAAGGGCCCUCCACCGCAAGUUGUUCCUAAAACAAAAGCUGUGAUGUCGCGAAUUAAAAACAUUUCAGAGGCAACAAAGAAAGAAGCGCCUCCAAUAGGGAAGAUUUUACAGAAACAGUCAGAUCAAAAAGAGCUAAAAUCUCCAACAUCAAAGGACUCGUCAUUUUCUUUCAAUAAAUCAGUCGACAAAUCAAAAAUUCCAAAGAAAACAGCACACGUCAGUUUGACAAAACCAAAGAAAGUGGUGGAGGAUGAAACAGUAGCUUCUCUGUCUCCCGAACCUGAAGAUCAGAUUUCACCCAAACUUCAAAAUGAAGGAGGAUCAAGAAGUCCAAAACGGAAAAUGUCACCAACUAAGUCAGUGGAAGGCGGGAAUGUUGUGGAUGCUUCUGUAACACCAAAAUUACCUUCACCCACCAAAGAGCUGCCAAAUCUCAAACGAGAAAUUCGUCUAAGAAGUUCAUCCACUGAUGAUAAAUCCCCAUCUCCCCCACCUUCAACAGGGAAUACAAAAUUAACCACAGAGCUAAAAUUGAACAAAGCAUCUAAAGAUAACCAAAAGCUGAAAACACAGCCAUCUGCCAUAAGUCCGACAUCAAAGGGUAGUUUUCAGUAUUCAAAGACAAAAACAACUGAGGCAAAAGUCAAAUCAGGUGAUGCUGUAAGCAAAACCACUACGCAUGACAAAACUGACGCCACAGACCAAUCAGAGAACAGCGUUGAAAAGAAGAAGCCUACAAACGAAACCCAGUCAAGUGGGCCAAAAAGUCCACGAAAAUUCAAGAACGAUGCGUCACUGACAGGAAGGAAGCAAACUCGAACGACAACACCGGGGCUUCUGAAACAGACUUCAGAUGCAGAAGUUGAACAUGGAGAAAGUGAGUCAUGUCAGCCAUCAUCACCACCACUUAGCAAGUUAGACAAAAAUGAGUCAUUUCUGGUUAACGGUCCUGUUGGUGAUGGCAAAUUUGACCAAACCACAGUAAAUGCUGUGGUCAGGAGUCCAUCUUCAGAGCCUAAACUGAAAAGUCCUAUUAAGGAGGGAGGUGAAGCUCUGCCAACAGUGACGCGUCUCAAAAGUCCCACCAAACCCAGGAGAGAUUUUAGGAAAGCAGAGCAAACUACAGCUUCAGUUACAAAAACAGAAAAAGGCCAGAAGAUGACAAAUUUGCCCAUUUUACUCAAAGCCUCUCUGAAAUCUGAAAGUGAAACUGGUAUAUUGGAAAAUGUUCAGAAACAAUCGAAAGCCACCUCUGAAAUGGAAGUUGAAAAAUCAGAGGCUGCCAAAGCCGAAGUCAUAUCGCCUUCAGAAAAUGAUUUGCAGGCAGUAAAACAACCAACUAAAUCAGAUAUCCAAGUAAUACCAGAUGCCCAAUUGGAUCUUGUUGAAGAGAGUCCUCCUGUAAAAAAUGGAAAGGUUAAGAAAGAAAAACAUACUGUUGGUGAGGGAGAUGAAAUUUCCAUAACACCAGAGAUGGGUCAUUACACAGCUACUGAACCAAGUACUAAAGACAUUGAACAGUCCUGCUUUUCUCAGGAAAACACCUUUACAGUAAUUUCAGAGAAUUUACCUGAGACAAUCCAGAAGAUUGAGACCAAGGAAGUCAGUGUAGAAAAUGUUGUGAAUUCAGUAAUUUCAGUGGGUUUGUCAGACACAACCCAGAAGAUGAAGACCAAGACAGACAAUGUAAAAAAUGUUGUAAAUUCAGUCAUUUCAAAGGAUAUGCCAGACACGACCCAGAAGAUGAAGAUUAAGGAAGACAAUCUAGAAAUUGUUGUGAAUUCAGUCAUUCCAGAGAAUUUGCCAGACACAACCCAGAAGAUUGAGACCAAGAAAGACAAUGUAGAAAUUGUGACUUCAGUCCUUCCAGAGGAUUUGCCAGACACAACCCAGAAGAUGAAGACCAAGAAAGACAAUGUAGAAAAUGUUGUGACUUCAGUCAUUUCAGAGAAUUUGCCAGACACAACCCAAAAGAUGAAGACCAAGAAAGACAAUGUAGAAAAUGUUGUGACUUCAAUCAUUUCAGAAGAUUUGCCUAAUACAACCCAGAAGAUGAAGACCAAGAAAGACAUUGUAGAAAAUGUUGUGACUUCAGUCAUUCCAGAGGAUUUGCCUGAGACAACCCAGAAGAGGAAGACAAAGAAAGACAAUGUAGAAAAUGUUGUGACUUCAGUCAUUCCAGAGGAUUUGCCUGAGACAACCCAGAAGAUGAAGACAAAGAAAGACAAUGUAGAAAAUGUUGUGACUUCAGUCAUUCCAGAGGAUUUGCCUGAGACAACCCAGAAGAUGAAGACAAAGAAAGACAUUGUAGAAAAUGUUGUGAAUUCAGUCAUUCCAGAGGAUUUGCCUGAGACAACCCAGAAGAUGAAGACCAAGAAAGACAAUGUAGAAAAUCUUGUGACUUCAGUCAUUCCAGAGAAUUUUCCAGACACAACCCAGAAGAUGAAGACCAAAAAAGACAAUGUAGAAAAUAUUGUGACUUCAGUAAUUCCAGAGAAUUUGCCUGAGACAAACCAGAAGAUUGAGACCAAGACAGACAAUGUAGAAAAUGUUAUGAAUUCAGUCAUUCCAGAGAAUUUGCACGAGACAACCCAGAAGAUUGAGACCAAGAAGGACAAUGUAGAAAAUGUUGUGAAUCCAGUCAUUCCAGAUAAUUUGCCUGAGAUAACCCAGAAGAUGAAGACCAAGAAAGACAAUGUAGAAAAUGUUGUGAAAUCAGUCAUCCCAGAGGAUUUACCUGAGACAACCCAGAAGAUUGAGACUAAGAAAGAAAAUGUAGAAAAUGUUGUGACUUCAGUCAUCCCAGAUAAUUUGCCUGACACAACCCAGAAGAUUGAGACCAAGAAAGACAAUGUAGAAAAUCUUGUGACUUCAGUCAUCCCAGAGGAUUUGCCUGAGACAAUCCAGAAGAUUAAGACCAGGAAAGACAAUGUAGAGAUUGUGACUUCAGUCAUUCCUGUGAGUUUGCCAGACACAACCCAGAAGAUUGAGACCAAUAAAGACAAUGUAGAAAAUGUUGUGAAAUCAGUAUUCCCAGAGGUUUUGACUGAGACAACCCAUAAGAUGAAAACCAAGAAAGACAAUGUAGAAACUGUGACUUCAGUCAUUCCAGAGAAUUUGCCAGACACAACCAAGAAGAUGAAGACCAAAGAAGACAAUGUAGAAAAUGUUUUGAAAUCAGUCAUCCCCGGGGAUUUGCCUGAGACAACCCAGAAAAUUAAGACCAAGAAAGACAAUUUAGAAAAUGUUGUGAAACCAGUCAUUUCAGAGAAUUUGCCUGAGACAACCCAGAAGAUUGAGACCAAGAAAGACAAUGUAGAAAAUGUUGUGAAAUCAGUCAUUCCAGAGGUUUUGCCUGAGACAACCCAUAAGAUGAAAACCAAGAAAGACAAUGUAGAAACUGUGACUUCAGUCAUUCCAGAGAAUUUGCCAGACACAACCAAGAAGAUGAAGACCAAAGAAGACAAUGUAGAAAAUGUUGUGAAAUCAGUCAUCCAAGGGGAUUUGCCUGAGACAACCCAGAAAAUUAAGACCAAGAAAGACAAUUUAGAAAAUGUUGUGAAAUCAGUCAUCCCAGAGAAUUUGCCUGAGACAACCCAGGAGAUGAAAACCAAGAAAGACAAUGUAGAAAUUGUGACUUCAGUCAUUCCAGAGAAUUUGCCACACACAACCCAGAAAAUGAAGACCAAAAAAGACAAUGUAAAUAUUGUGAAUUCAGUAAUUCCAGAGAAUUUGCCUGAGACAACCCAGAAGAUUGAGAGCAAGAAAGACAAUGUAGAAAAUGUUGUGAAUUCAGUCAUUCCAGAGGAUAUGCCAAAGACACGCCAGAAGACUGAGACCAAGAAAGACAAUGUAGAAAAUGUUGUGACUUCAGUCAUUUCAGAGAGUUUGCCUGAGACAACCCAGAAGAUUGAGACCAAGAAAGACAAUGUAGAAAAUGUUGUGAAAUCAGUCAUCCCAGGGGAUUUGCCUGAAACAACCCAGAAAAUUAAGACCAAGAAGGGCAAUGUAGAAAAUGGUGUGAAUUCAUUCAUUCCAGAGGAUAUUCCUGAGACAACCCAGAAGAUUGAGACCAGGAAAGACAAUGUAGAAAAUGUUGUGACUUCAGUCAUUCCAGAGAAUUUGCCAGACACAACCCAGAAGAUGAAUUCCAAGGAACACAAUGUAGAAAAUGGUGUGAAAGAUUUAAAACAAACUAAAAUUACACCUGCAUCUACCGAGCUAGAUACCCUGAUUAUAAAACAUGUCCAAAGCAAAGAAGAAUGUGAUAAACAGACAAUAUCAGAGAAGCAACCAAGCUUGGAAACAUCUGUUCGGUUAGGUGACUCAAGUAAAACUCUGAACAGGGAGUGCAUAAAACCAAACAAAAUAAAUAAGGUAGUUGAUGAGGUGCCAGUAGCAGCUAUUACGCAUCAAGUGGCUGCUUCUAAACCAGAACCAGUUAAAAGUAAAGAUAUAACUUUAGGGGAGAAACUUCCAUUACUUAAAAAAUCUGAGAAACUGACUUCCAAAAUAGACAGAAAGACUGAGAUCCAGAUUAAAAACGUAGAGUCCAACAUUAAGGACUCCAUAAAGACGAAAGACAAAAUGCCAGCUGCUAACUUACAAAAACAAAAACUACCAGCUGACCAAAAUCUACAACAGUUUACCUCUCAGAAUCUUCCCUUCGAUACCAAAAAUAAAAAGACACCAUCUAGUUGGUUAGAUGUGGACCAAGGUUUUAAGAAAAAGAAAACUGAGAGACGAUUAGAUUGUUCCGCAAGUGAGGAUAAUCUGCUUGAUACUUCCGAUGAUUUUGAAGAGUUCAUCCAUAACAUUAAGGAACUCUGUUCCCCCUUUCCAAUGCCACCUAGGAAACACGGUCAGAACAAAAUGCCAUCACCUCCUUUUGCCAUGCCUGCCAUCAAAGAAGAUCACUUUGAGAAGGUAUUUGAUCCAGAGCAAUUCAAGUUUGGAACAAGAAAAACUGUGGGGCCAAAAGACCCCUCUCCAGCCAUGGCAAUUAAGAGGAAAAACCAAGAGGCAAAAAGCAAUCCACCACAAAGAAGAUCCGAAAGUCUCCUGCUUUAUAAAUCUCUUUCCGCUAGGCGAGAACAAGACAGUACGGAAAAGGUCGAGGAUAAUAAUGAUGGCGAGAACAAGAACACUACAGAAACAUCUGAAAAAGUCUCCUCAAGGUUGGAAAAAAUGUCAAUCAUCUCGAACCUCAGGAACUUCUCAAGAACGCCAAAGGAGACCGCGGCAACUUCAGGAGAGAAGAAGGAUAUUCCAUUGUCCCAUUCUGUCACAACUUCACAAGAAGGAAUUGCUAAUAUGCCAGAUCAAGGCAAUGUAACCCUUAGUGAAAAUGGUGGUUUAGUAAAGAACCCAUCAACACAUCCUCCCAUUCCGAAUUUCCCAGAAGUCAAGUUGCCGGAUCUUUUUGAGAAAUUCGUCAAUAAGAACAAGGUGAGCCCGCAAUGGCCUGAUACCGGUUCUACCAGUUCUCUACCUGCUUUAGAUGUUCCUUCUCCAAGUGCUACUCCAAGCCCACCUAAUCCAAACAUGGGACUGCAGGGCAUCCCAGGACUAACAUCUCCAUCCAAUAGCACUCAACAGCUUCCACUUCUUACACCCAACAGCCUCUUACCAACACUUGUAGGGACACCAACAGUCCCAGCAGUCAGAGGCUUCCACAGACGCCCUGGAAAGAUUGUAAUAUACCAGCAAGCUCAGCUUGGGGGAGAGGCGUAUGAAGUGUUUAGAGACAUAGAGGAUGCCACCUCGCUGGAACUUUCUCCAGUCAUAUCAUUAAAGGUCGUCAGAGGAUGCUGGCUGCUGUAUGAAAAACCAGGCUUCCAGGGACGAACCAUCGCUCUGGAGGAGGGGACUACAGAGGUAGUAAAUGAGUGGGCGGAGCCGAGUGGAGAGGUGGGGCCAGAUGGCAUGCCACUCCCAACAACACCCAUGGUUAUCGGCUCUAUUAGACUUGCACUGAGGGACUACAGCCCACCAGCAAUCGACCUGUUCACAGAGACGAAUGGAAUAGGCCGAAUGUCCACAUACUGUGAUGAUGUCAUUGAGAUCUGCUCCUACGGCAUUCCUCAGAGUACCGGCUCCAUUAAGGUCCACUCCGGAAUAUGGCUUGUCUUCAGUGAUCCAGGCUUCCAGGGUCUAUUGGCUGUAUUGGAGGAAGGAGUUUAUCUCUGCCCUGAAGACUGGGGCUUCCCUACUGCCUUUGUUGGAUCACUGAGACCUCUGAAAAUGGGUGAAAUUAAGGUGGAAAAUCCCAAUGAAGUGAAGGCAGUGCUGUAUGAAAAGCCGAUGUUCCAGGGCGAGGGCAUAGAGAUCGAUGGAGACAUAUAUAGCUUUGAUGAGAUUGAGUACCAGGAGAAGACUGCAGAAGAGGAGAGUCCUGAUGAUACCUCUGAAACGAAGAAGAGAUUCAGUUCUGUCGGCUCAUUGAAGAUCCUGAGUGGCCUCUGGGUAGGCUACUCUGCGUCUGGGUUCGAGGGUUGCCAGUAUCUUUUGGAGGAAGGAGAGUACGUGGACUUCACAGAUUGGGGCGGACUGCAAGACGGGAUGUUCUCUAUACGUCCUUUAUUAGCAGAUUUUAUGACUCCUCACGUGAGGUUGUUCAGAGAGACAGAUUUCGGCCAGAGAGGGUUGAAUGUGGACCUGCUCGAACCUGUAUUCAACAUGGAAGCCACCGAUUUCGGCAUAAAGACACAGUCGGUGGAAGUCCUCUCUGGCGUGUGGAUAGCAUUUGAGAAUGCACAUUUCUCAGGUGAGCUGUAUAUUUUGGAGAAGGGUCUGUAUGGCAACCCGGCAGACUGGGGCGCACAGAACGGCAGGAUUUUGUCUUUUCAACCUGUUAUUUUGGAUCAAGCAGAAGAUUUAUCAAGAUAUAAGGUCCAGUUGUAUAGCGAGCCAGGCUUUCAAGGAGACGUUUUGGCCUUAGACGAAAGUGUGGCGUUCCUGCCCGAGGAUUUCCAACCCCUGUCCUGCAAGGUCCUAGCUGGGAGCUGGGUGCUGUUCGACGGACCACAGUUCACAGAUAACAUGUAUGUGCUGGAGGAAGGAGAAUAUCCAAAUCCUGAAGCUAUGGGCUUACUCAACUCAAACUGCAAAAUCAGCUCUGUUCACACUGUAGGACAUGAAUUUUCUAUGCCCUCUAUCACUCUUCACUGUAAAUCCAACUUCAGAGGGCGGAAAAUCAUUUUGACAGACGGGGCUUUGAACCUUUCCCUAGUUGGCAUGAAUGGGCGAGUCAACUCCCUAUUGAUCAACGGAGGAAUUUGGGUGUUGUAUGAAUACAGCAAUUUCCAUGGCCGGCAGGUUUUGCUCCACCCCGGUGAGAUUGGUGAUUGGAAGAAGUUUAAAGGAUGGGACCGGAUUGGUUCCCUGCGUCCAUUAUUGCAGAAACGUGUUUAUUUCCGGCUGCGUAGCGCGGAGACGGGCUGCCUGAUGUCUAUCUCUGGACCCCUGGAUGAUAUAAAGCUGGUUCGGGUUCAAGUGCUGGAGGAAUCUGGGGGUCCAGAGCAGAUCUGGGUUUAUGAAAACGGACUACUGCGCUGCAAGAUGGUGGAGGAUUGUUGUGUGGAGACCUCUGGUGGAUUGGUAAUGGCAGGUGGCAGGUUAAGCAUCUCACCCAACCCGGGCAUGGACAAUCAUUUCUGGAGCAUCACGGGAGAUGGACUCAUCAGGAACAACUUUAAGCCUGACCUUGUGAUGGAGGUCAAAGGUGGUCAGCAAUAUGAUAAAAACCAGGUGAUCAUUAAUACCUUUGAUGAACAGAAACCAAACCAGAGGUGGACUGUGGAAAUCCUGUAAAGUUACUCCACAAGUCAUUUCUGAUGAAUUUGAAGCUAUUCUGCUGUCAGUCAUGAAUCAGAGACAUAAAUGAGACUCUUAUACCAAGCUGGACCUUUGGAUCUUUAAAAAGAAAAAGGUCUGAGCUUCCUUCAUGAGCGAUGUCUCUGUGGACAAUAAUCUUCAAGUCUAUACGCUACGAAAAGACAUUAAAGUGAUGGAUAUGACCUGAUGUGCUGAUCAUAGUUUCAACCCGUCCCACUUACAUGUUUAAUCAUGCGACUUCAAUGCAUUGAUACGACCACAGUGGGGCGCUCUAGCAUUACCAUGUAUUUAUGUGCACUUUAGGUGACUCUUAAGAUUUAUGACCCUGGACCACAAAACUAAUCAUAAGUCACACAGGUAUAUUUGUAGCAAUUGUAUGAAUCAAAAUUAUCGAUUUUUCUUUUAUGCCCAAAAUAUUUUGGAUAUAAAGAUCAUGUUCCAUGAAGAUAUUUUGUAAAUUUACUAGCGUAAAUAUAUAUUUUUAUAUAUAUAUAUUUAUCUCACAAAAGAAUAUUUUUUAAAACCCUUAGAUUCCAGAUUUUCAAAUAUUAAUAUCUAUCUCUUCCAAAUAUUGUCCUAUCCUAACAAACCAUACAUCAAUUAGAAGCUUAAUUAUCCAAAUUUCAGAUUAUGUAUAAAUAUAAAUUUUGAAACAUCACCCUUAUGGCUGGUUUUGUGGUCCAGAGUCACAUUUUAGUUUUUAGUAUUAGGCUGCUGACUGACUGAAAGCAAACGUGGGACCAUUUUUACUCAGUGCGUGUUGUUAAAGCUGUAUUUCAUCUCUCAUUAUGCUGAUCUGGCAUCAGUUCACAUGCUGACAUGUUGGUAACUGAUCAUAGAGUAGCUGUUCAGUCAUCAGAGUAUUUCUUUAUUUUCUUUACAUUUUUUUCUAAAAAAAUAAAUAAACUAUUCUCAGUGUUGCUACGUCCAGAUUUCCAAAAUAUACCGUUACAUUUUUUUAUUGUUUUCUUUGGCCUAUUUAAAUUAUGCAAAUGCAAAAUAAAGACACUGUGGUGACUACA